AUGCCACAGAACUACAUAUUGGCAUGUGAAAUUUUUGAUAUAUGGGGAUUAGAUUUUGCAGGACCUUUCCCAGACUCUAAAGGUUUCAAAUAUAUCCUAGUCGCAAUUGAUUAUGUAUCAAAGUGGGUCGAAGCGGAAGCACUUCGAAACAAUGAUGCCAGGAGCGUAACGAGAUUUCUGAAUAAGUUAUUUACUAGGUUCAGAGUCCCACGGAUUGUCAUUAGCGAUAGAGGAACACAUUUUCGAAAUGUUCCAAUGCGAAGACUACUUCAAAAGCAAGGCAUACAACAUCGGGGUGGAGUUCCAUACCACCCUCAAACUACCGGGCAAGUUGAGAAUGCAAAUAGAGACAUCAAGGCUAUAUUGGAAAAGACAGUAGCUCGACAUAGGAAGGAUUGGGCUGACAAGCUUAACGACGCUUUAUGGGCUUUUAGAAUUGCUUACAAGACACCGAUAGGAACUACUCCAUACAGACUUGUGUAUGGCAAAGCGUGCCACCUUCCGGUAAAAAUUGAACAUAAAGCGUACUGGGCCAUCAAGAAGCUAAGUGAAGAUCUAACUAUGGCGGGACAAGAGAGGAUGUUUCAACUAAAUGAGUUGGAAGAAUGGCAUUUGCUUGCUUAUGAGACAUCCAGAUCUUACAAAGAACGAUCAAAGUAUUAUCAUGACAUGCACAUCAAGAAGAACAAAGAAUUUAACAAAGGGGACAGGGUGCUGCUAUUCAAUUCCAGAUUAAGACUAUUUCCUGGCAAACUUAAAUCAAGAUGGACCGGGCCAUAUGUUGUUACAAAAGUUUUUCCUUACAGUACUUUGGAGAUUAUGCACCCCGAUAAAGGAAGUUUCAAAGUUAAUGGCCAUCAAGUGAAGAAGUACUAUGGAAUGGAAAAUGCGCAAGGAGUAGUCCAAUGUUGCAGGCUGGAACCUUGGGAUGCUGAGUAA